AACAAAAUUGAAAUCCCGAAAUUACCCUCGGAUCCCUCCACUAGAAGUAGAACCCUAAAGCCCAGCAAUGGCCAAAUUCCCUAUCCUUUCACAAAACACAGACGCUACUGCCAUUACUAUUGCCAAAUGAAAAGCACGAGAAUGAAAUGACCUCUGUGAAAAAACCCAACACUAAUUCAAUCCCUUAAAUCCCUCAAAAAUGUCCUCUUUAACAACCAAAAUCCCCUCCAGGUCCCUGGUUCGGCUCUUCGCUCCCACCUCCGCUACUCCAAGACCACCACUCUCUCGGACCCUAUGCGCGCCCACCGCAUCCACCGAGACUCGAACCCAGAAACUCGAACGAAUCGCCGACGAGCUUCUUGACCUGACGAAGAUCGAGAGGUAUGACUACACAAUCCUCUUCAGGCUCAAAAUGGGUCUCAACAGGUACGGUCCAGCGGUCUCUGCACCCAGCUCGACCGGUUCGGCAUCCUCCGGAUCUGGGUCGGCGUCCGGAGACGCCAAGAUGGCAGAGAAGACGGCGUUCGACAUCAAGCUGGAGAAAUUCGACGCGGCGGCGAAGAUCAAGAUCAUAAAGGAGGUGAGGACGUUCACUGAUUUGGGUCUGAAGGAGGCCAAAGAGUUGGUUGAGAAGGUCCCUGUUGUGUUGAAGAAGGGCUUGACUAAAGAGGAGGCUGGUCCGAUUGUUGAGAAGCUCAAAGAGUUAGGUGCUACUGUGGUAUUGGAAUAACUUAGCUCUACACUUUUUUUUUUUUUUUGUUUUUUUUUUGGUUGCCUCUCAGUUUUUCAUUGUUGUAGAAUAAAAAUUAUUCUUUAGCUUAAUGAUAAAUGAGAAAGAAAAAAAAUUAAUUUUUGAGCAUUAAGAA